CGAUAUCCAAAUACCGAGUCAUUACUAUAUCAGGAGCAUCCACAUAAGCCAAACUCUAGAUAAGAAAAAAAAUCCACACAUCAAUGGACAACAAAUCUUAACAAAACAUUACAUAUCCCCAAAAAAAAAGAACACCACAAAAAUGGCCACCAUUUUCUCAUCACCACCACCCAUUUUCUCCUCCUCAACCACCACCACCACCACCACAACAACCACCGCACCAAAACCACCAUCCAAACCUCAUCUCUCUUUCAAACACCAACAACCUCUAACCACAACCUUAACUGCCGCAGCAGCCAUAGCCACAAUCCUCACAUCAUCACCUUCAUUAGCAGCAGAAUCCUCCACCUACAAUCUCUACUACGGCACCGCCGCAAGCGCCGCAAACUACGGCGGCUAUGGCGGAAACUCAAACAAAAAAGACUCAGCUGAAUAUAUCUACGACGUUCCAGAAGGAUGGAAAGAACGUUUAAUUUCAAAAGUUGAAAAGGGUACAAAUGGAACAGAUAGUGAAUUCUAUAACCCAAAGAAGAGAAAAGAGAAAGAGUAUUUAACUUUCCUUUCUGGGUUUCGUCAAUUAGCACCAAAAGAUGCUGUUUUGAACAACUUGGCACUUUCUGAUGUGGAUUUACAGGAUUUGAUCGGUAGUGCUGAGAAAGUGAGUUCUGAAGAAGUGAAAGAUGAAAAGGGUCAAGUUUAUUAUGUUUAUGAGAUUGAUGGUGUUGCUACUCAUAGUUUGAUUUCUGUUACUUGUGCUAAUAAUAAGCUUUAUGCUCAUUUUGUUAAUGCUCCUACUCCUGAGUGGAAUAGAGAUAAGGAUCUCCUUACUCAUGUUCAUAAGUCUUUUAAGACUGUUGGAUAAUGUUUUUUACAUAUAUAGAUAAUUAUAAAUGUGGUUGUUUAACAAUGGAUAUUGUAUGAUGAUGAGAAUGGUGUCUUGUGAUGAAUUUGAAUUUGAAACUUUCUUUACAUGUCAA